ACGCCUUUUUAGUUGGGCUCUUGAAGCUUUGCGGUCUCUGGGGUUUUCUCUGUUGGUAGGCCGGACCCAGUACUUUUCUCCAUCGUGCCGCCAGUCCACUCGCCGCCGCCGUCCCCCUCUCGCUCCCUCUCCCUUUGUCGCGCCGCCGCCACCUCUCUUGUCUCGCCUGUUGCUACCUCAAGAUGUGGGGCGGCGACGACGGAGGGACUCCGGAGGUCACCCUGGAGACCUCCAUGGGAUCCUUCACCGUCGAGAUGUACCACAAGCACGCGCCCAAGACCUGCAGGAACUUCGUCGAGCUCGCGCGCCGCAAAUACUACGACAACGUCGUCUUCCACCGCAUCAUCAAGGAUUUCAUCGUGCAAGGUGGGGAUCCUAGUGGAACAGGCAGGGGCGGCGAAUCCAUCUACGGAGCAAAAUUUGAGGACGAGAUAAAGCCAGAGCUGAAGCACACCGGGGCUGGGAUUCUAUCAAUGGCAAACGCUGGUCCGAAUACAAACGGAAGCCAGUUCUUCAUCACUCUUGCACCUUGUCAAUCACUGGAUGGUAAGCACACAAUUUUUGGGAGAGUAUGCAGAGGAAUGGAAAUUGUUAAGCGCCUUGGAAGUAUUCAGACCGACAAAAAUGAUAGAUGCAAAUGGCACAUGAUCUCUCAUCUCAAUUCAUCUAUGGUGUCCAGUAUUAACCAUGGGAUCGAGAUUUGAAAGUUUCCAUGGAAACCAAUGUUGUUGAAGUGUUGGAUCUAACUCGGAUUUAUUACUUUGUUCAGGCCCAUCAAUGAAGUGAAAAUCCUGCGGACUGUUGUUAAAGAUUGAAGCACGGCUGUUGUCAUGAAACUCUUAAUCUUUGGUUGUAGCUGUUUCACAUGAGCAUGUGUUCCCAGUUUGACUGGGAGGUCUUGUAAUGUCAACUCGUACUUUGGUGUUCCUUUUUUUAACGAUGAAUCUUGCUUGCAUAUGAUCA